AUGGAGAAGACUGCAGUGACCUGUGUGUCCUGGUUGCCGCGUGGCAGCUGCAGCGGACGCCUCGUCGGAGCCCAGCACGAAGAGGAGGAUGAUGAUGCGAUGAGGGAGGCAGCCGAUGUGAACCACUCGGUUGCCGGGGGAUCUAUUCCCGGCUUGGAGGAGUUCGAUAUGGAGAACUACGACAACGACGCCGAUGAAGGCAUGCAGUUCUUCUCUGUUCUCGAUGCCGAUGGCGAAUUGGCACGAGAGAAGGACCCACACAUGACUGGAAAUCCAGACUCGGAUUCCGAUUCAGAAGGUGAUGUGGAGAUUCGACAGGAUGACCAUGUGUUCGUCGCAGCUUCUUGCGAGGAAGACUGCUGCACCCUCGAGCUCUAUGUCUUCGAGGAGGAUGAGGUGAACAUGUACGUGCACCAUGAGAUUGGUCUUGCAGCUUAUCCGCUGUGCGUGGAGUGGAUGGGACGAACGUCCUCAAGCGACAGCGGCUGCUAUGCUGCUGUGGGUUCGAUUGAUCACUCCAUCCAGCCGCUUGACAUGAUCUGA